GUCCACACGACGUUCCCAGCACAAAAAUCAUGUCGAGAGGCGGAGUCACGCAUUCUGCAUCAGCUGAAGGGAAGACUCAACUGUACCGACGCUCUCCUUCCGCCGUCUGUAUGUGCAGAGAGCAGUCUGAUAUCGCUGGGAGGAAAAUGAAAUUCUGUGGGCUGUGGAAAGAGACCCUGGUUUUGGCCGAGGACUACCUGUCCUUUUGCUGCACGAGUCCACAUCAAGCCCCUCCACCUCCCAGCGAAUCAGCCGCUGCCAUGAGGCGUCUAGGCUGGGACAUCGAAAGACAGCACCAAGCUCGCUUCGACAACCUCGCUCAGACCUUCCUGGUGCAGUGUGGACCAGACCACUGCCUCAGCCUCAGAAAGGUGAUGAAGGAGCUGGUUGGGGAUGGACACUUGAACUGGGGGAGGGUUGUUUCUCUUUUCGCCUUUACUGGAGUGCUGGCCAGAAAGAUCCUGGAGCAGAAGCCGGGGCUGGACCCUGGUCAACAGCAGGAACUGGGACAGGAGCCCAUGAGCUGCAGAAGGCUGGCAGAGACCAUAGCUGAUUACCUGGGAGAAGAGAAGAAAGACUGGCUGUUGGAUAAUGAUGGAUGGGAAGGCUUCUGUAAGUUCUCCCGCAGUGCCAGAGAAGUGAGCCAGGACUCAUCCAUGAAGAAAGCGCUGUUUGCUGCCGCCGGUGUCGGCCUUGCUGGGCUUACCUUCCUCUUGGUGCGCUAGCUGGCAUUCUCCACACUUGAUGCAUCCACAUAUUUUAAAAUUCGGCACGAUUUCGUAAAUGUUGGACAACGUCCGGCGACCACUCUGCAAGAAAGGGCCCUCUGUAGUGAAAGAACGUUAUUUCACGAUGUUACGGUAAUGUUUGCACAGUCUCGGAGCCCCUUAAAACUGACAUUCGUCGCUUGCCCCUAAAGAUUGUAAAACCAAUUUGAAUGCCUUUGGAAAUGUUGCAGUGAGUGAGAUCAGUUUACAUAUCCUGGCUGAUUUUUUUUUCUUUUUUCUUUUCUUUUUUUUGCAGUGAAGGUAAAAAGCUUCAGAUUUUGAUUUCAUGAUCCUCUGCCCCUCUUUUUUAUGGUAUAGAGGCAUUCCAGAGUAAAAUGUAAAAUUUAAUAUAUUGUAUUUAUAUGAAACCAGUACACUGCAGUCUGCCGUUUGUCCUGAAUUCAUAUGAACUGUAUAAUUUUUGCAAGAUCAGCAACGCUGUUCUGUACUCCCAUGCAACGGUGCUAGAUAAAACAUUUCUUUGUCAACUUACCAAAAAGCAGGGACCAUUCUGAAUACAAAUAGAUUACUCCUGGGAAAAAAAUAAAAUUCCUCCAAAUUAUAUUUUUACA